GGAUGAAUUGAAUAGCAUUAGCAGUUGUAAGAUGAUAAGCCUGAGAUAUACAUUACGUGAUUUUCACAUUAUUCAUGCGCUCAUUCAAACUGCACUCCUCUCUUUCACUUUACCACCUAUCAUUCGUCAACUUCGGCUGCGAAAAUUACCUGGUCACUGAAUUGUUCGCCGUAGAUAGGAAAAAGGGUAGAAAGAAUUAAAUGGGUGCUUCUUCUUCAGUCCCACAGAAAUCCCUCCACGAUUUCACCGUCAAGGACAGCAAAGGUAAUAUCGUGAACCUGAAGAUUUAUGAACGGAAGGUCUUGCUUGUUGUUAAUGUUGCUUCCAAAUGCGGGUUCACGAACUCAAAUUACACCCAGUUGACUGAACUUUACACUAAGUACAAGGAUAAGGGUUUUGAGAUUUUGGCCUUUCCAUGCAAUCAAUUCAUGAAUCAAGAGCCACGAUCGAGCCAAGAAGUAGAACAAUUUGCCUGCACACGAUUCAAGGCUGAGUAUCCCAUCUUUCAAAAGGUAAAAGUGAAUGGACCAGAUACAGCACCAGUUUAUAAAUUCCUUAAAGCAAGUAAAGGUGGUUAUUGUGGUUCUAGCAUCAAAUGGAACUUCACCAAGUUUCUAGUUGACAAACAUGGGCAUGUAAUUAAACGCUAUGGAACGGCCACCUCACCUUUGGCAAUUGAGGACGAUAUUAGAAAAGCUCUGGGAGAAACUUGAGUGACUUGUGUUCAGCUUAGACGUAGACUAGAAAACUGAACUUAUAUAGUCCACAUAAUGGAAGCAUGCGUGUUGUGAACUCUGAAAUGCAGCAAAUUAGAUGUGUAUUUGGCUAUGUUACUUUUGGCCUCGUCAGUGUGACAUACAAACAUGGUUGUAUAUCCCUGGUGUGGAUCGGAUCAUCUGCUAUGCUGUGGACCAUGUGUUGUUUCCUUAAGAUUUGUGAACUUCGUUUCCUCGGGUUCACUAUGUAAUCUGUUGUCUGUAUUUGAAGUUAGUUUAAGUUCAAACAGUAGUGAUUGUGAUGGUACAAGACCAUUCACCGUAGCGUUGGUUGUUGAUAGUUGGUAUGAUGUCGAAUUCUGAAGGAUAUUGUCUAUAAUCCCUUUUGCAGUGCUUCUUCUGCUACUAUACUAUGACGGUAGCUAUUGAAUCAUAAGAAACCACUGUUCUGUCA